AUGAGCUCCAUCACCGACCGAGCUGCUAGUUUCCUCUCUCGGGUUAAUCCGCUCAAGGACCCUCACUUCGCCCAAGACGCUUCGCGGGCGCUUCAAAUAAAUUAUGGGCCCGUCUCGAUCCUCGCUGCCUUUGCUGGAUCACACCUCCUACUGCAGCACCGUCUGCCUAUGGUCUUUUACGGUCUCGAUAACAACGUAUACCCACGUGACGAUCUUCGCAUCAAUGGCGACAAGCACGUCGCCUCGGGCAAGAUCACUCCUGCUCAACUUCGUCGUCUCAAACGAUGGGAGGCAGCUCACUACAACGCCAUCGAGAACCUGCCCAUUUUCAUCGGCACCAUCUUGUCGCUGCAGCUGGCUGGCGCUUCCAACCGCCUUAUCAACCGUGUCGCUGGUAUUUACCUCGCUGCUCGCGCUGCCUUUGCUACGCUCUACAUCACCGUCGAAGAUCCCACGCUUGCCUGGGGCCGUACCAUUGCUUGGUGGACCGGCAAUAUCACUUGCAUCUACGGUCUCGUUCAGGCCGCCAAGCAUCUCAAUCACGGCGUAGCAGCUGGCACUGUCGCUCUUUAG